AAUGUCCCCACCCACCGAAGAAGAAGUCAAACAGAAACAAUGGUCCGAACAGGAACGUUUGGAGUUGGCUGCCAAAUUAGAUGCUGAAUUGGAUGAGUUCAUCAAUGGUUUGGAACGAAAGCGAUAUGAGGAGGGCUGGCCGGAAGAUCGUUGGCAAGAGGAAAUGGAUAAACAUCCAUUCUUUAUGAAAAAGGAACCACAGCCGGGCGAUGAGAUACAUCCCAUGUUCGAGGGUUUACAGAAGCUGAAAUAUGAUCCCGAGGAGAAUACCUGUGAGGAGUUGGCCCUUAACUACAAAGAGGAUGGUAAUUUCUAUAUGAAACACAAGAAAUUCCGCAUGGCUGUUUACAGUUUUAGUGAGGGCCUAAAGGCUAAGUGUGAGAAACCGGAGGUGCUGUCCGUGCUCUAUAAUAAUCGUUCGGCGGCACAGUUCUUUUUGAAGAAUUAUAGAUCCUCCCUGGCCGAUGCCCAAAAGGCCUUGGAAUACAAUCCCGAAUAUGCCAAGGCACGCUGGCGUGCCGCCCAAUGUGCCUACGAAUUGGAACGCUUUGAUUUAUGCGCGGAACUGUGUGAAGAAAUUAUUGAACGUGAUCCGGACAAUCAAGAUGCCCAAAAUUUGCUGAAAAAGAAUAAAACCAAAAGGCAGGAUAUUGAACGUAAUAAACGUAAGGAGCAGGCAUUGGAAAAGAAAAAACAACAACGUUACCACAACCUUCUAAAAGCUUUGGAAGAACGUAAAAUUAAAUUUGAUGAUAUACGGCCGGGAAACCCCAUCAACGAGGAGUUGUUGAGACCAAAUUUUUUACCCCUCGAAGAUUACUCGGUGCAUUUGGAUGAAGACAAUCAAACGCUUAUAUGGCCAGCGGCAUUUCAAUAUCCGGAAUUUAUGUACAGCGACUAUCAGCAACAGCUGUCGGAGGAGGCAACCAUGCUGGAUGUCUUGGAUUCCCUGUUUGCCGAACCCCUACCCAUGGACAAAACUGGCAGCUAUGCUGCGGAUAAAGUUAAUGUCUAUUAUGAAAAUCGUAAAGUUGGUUGUGUGCACAAGGUGAAAUUGGAAAAGACCAUUAAGGAAAUUUUACAAGAAAAGGGCUUCUUUGUUAGCGGUGGCUCUUUAUUGUUUUAUAUUGUGCCCAAGGAUUCACAUACGGAAAUGAAAUUCGUAAACGAACCAAGACGUUGCUUAUUUAAGUAGAACAAA